CUGCUACUCUUACAAGAAAGUGCCGACUAGGUGAUGAAAUAAAAAUUUUUGGUGCGUUCAAGUUUAAACUUCAGUUUACGGAAGAAUACGGAAAGAAAAUUUACACUUCAAAAAAUCAGUUAUUCUUUUGUUAUUCUGCAGUAUUCUAACAGCAUUUAGAUUGCAUUACCUGUUCAGUUCAAACUUUCAGUCUCCUUUUAACUUCUUACGCUGCAUAAGACCCAGCUAAUGGCACAGCUAGGAAAGACGCUCAGAAUUUUCAGGAUUGUGAACUUGAAAAGCGGUCUGCAGUUGCCAUCCAUCACAAAGAUACAGCCAGCAAGACCGCAUGUAUUUAAAACGUCUUAUAUUUGCUCUUCCUGUUUCUCAAAGCAGCAGCUCCUGGACAGGUUUAGCAGCUGGAGUGCUACAAAGACCACACAUAUGAGCAGGUGUGCCUCUCAAAGAAUACUAACUAGAUGUAAUACCACAGUUGCAGGCAUUCAGAAACAAGUUUCAGCUCUUGCAACCAAGCGACCAGCCAGGAAAAAAACUAUAAAAUCACUGGAUGAAAAAAAGGAUAUAGUAGACAGUGUAGUCGCUUAUGCUGUAGCAGAAGAAAUUGACUUGAAUCAGCUGAGAAAAGGGUUACAAGUGCAAGGCCUUUAUGACAUCUCUGACUUGCCUGUUGAUGUCCAGGAUGCAGUGCAUAUCAAAGCAAAGUAUAAUGUGGGUGAGAAGCAACGGGAAGUCUUUCUCUUCAGAGAUGGGUCUGCAGUUUUUUGGUUCAUGCCAGAAGUAGAGAGAAGAGAAGUUCUGAAGUUUCUCCAAAAAUAUGCCACUGAGCCAUACUCCCAAAGCCUUGUAAUUCAUGAAAGAGAAGAGAUGGCAUUGACAUCUAUCAAAGGACCCACUUCCCUUGUCAAUGAAACACUGCAGCUUAACGAGGAGUCAGAUGAAGGACAUGCCACAUUGGAAAAGUACGCAUUCUCUAAUGCCAUUGCACAGUCGGUUAAACUGGGAAUCUGGGAGGCAUCUCUGAACAAAUUUGUUGACUCAAUUGAAGUUGUUACUGAGGAUCUGAGAGACGGAAGGAAAAUCAGCAUGUCACGUCGUGAAGUUUUGCGCAAGACUGGAGAACUUUUUGCUUUGAGGCAUCUGAUCAACCUGAGUUCUGACCUGCUGGACACACCUGACUUUUAUUGGAACAGGGCAGUCUAUGAACCUCUAUACCUCUCUAUCUAUCAGCAUCUGGAUGUCCAUCGACGAACAAGGGUAAUGAAUGAAAAGCUGAGCCACUGCUGUGAACUGAUGGACUUGUUAAGGAGCCACCUAAAUGAUGCACAUCACACACGACUUGAAGUCAUGAUCAUUUUGCUUAUCAUGGUGGAGGUGGUCUUUGAGAUCGUCCACUAUAUUGAACGCUACAUUGAAAGCAAAGCAUCUGCAUGAUAGUGCUAGCACAUCUUCGCCAGAAGGAACAGAAAAGGGACAUCAGAACUGUUAUGUUGGUGUCAGCUCUGUGGCAUUAUUGAAAGGAAGCUGAAAGUUGACAAAUCAGAAUCAUGAUAAAAUAUUGCAAGCAGUUUGGUAAUGAACUGGAAAUCUUUGUAAAGGUAUCAGAGAUCUAUAAUAGCCUCCAUUUUAGACCCAGACAUGUAACACUGUCCUACUUAUUAUAGGGCUCAAAAUAUGUAUCUGUACUUUUGUGUAUGUGACACGUACACAUACACAUUAGAUGAAAAGGAAGAGGGAAGGUGUAUCUGUAUAUUCCGAUGUGUUUUCAUUCUCUAAGUUUACUCUUUAAAGAAAAACACUAUUUGAACAGUGAUAGAACUAUAAAAUGUGAAACAUGAAAAGAAUUUUAGUUCGAUAUAUGUAUACAUAUGACUAUAAAAAGAAAUUUUGCUUGUGGUGCAUUAAUUCAUGCUGUGCUACAGUUAUCUCAUUCAGGAUAUCAGGUUGUACACAUCAUUAAUGUUCAUCUUAACAGUGGCAACCUCUCUUGAUUAACUUAAAUCUUAAGUAUCUGUUUGAAAUAUGCUGUACAUAUGGAAGAAAAUAUAUUACCAUUGCUUAUCAGUUUUGAAACAUACAUUGACAUAACAAUGGGCUUAAUGUCUCUAAGCAUAAAAUAGUUCAGAAUGUUUUCUAAGAAAAUGUUCUCAUUAGCUUUUUUAGGUGAUUCGAAGCAAUUGUCCAUAUUCACAAGAAUUAGAGGCUGAGUUAGCACACUGGAUGUCUGUAUCCAUCAUUUGAUCUAUGAGCACUGCCCAUUAAAACAGCAGUUAGAAUUAUGCAGUAAGCACUCCACGUACAGUGUUUUAAAAAGGCUUUUGUUAAUUCUACUGCAUGGUAAAUUUCUUGCAUAGCAUUUUUUUCCUAUGAACCAUCAUGGAUAAUUAGCUGCCUUCACACUCUCCUUUAAAACUAAUCAAAAGUCGUCAGUAGAUCAAAUGUUUGCUGAAAGGUAUAUUCAAAGUUCCUGUCGAGAGAAGAUGCACAUCUGCAGCCCACACAAAGGACACUGUAGUGAUUUGCAAAAUCUGUUGUAUAAGUCUUUUUGAUACCUUCUUGGAAGGAUUAUAGCAAUGUUUGGUUCUACCUUUGUGUGAAGUUAUUUUCCUUAUGAAACAAGCACUUCUCAGAGAACAAGACUGAUGAACACCUCUCAUCUGUAAUGAAAGUCAGAACCGCACAGACAUUUCAGCCAGACAUAGAAAAAGUUUUCAUUAAAAGGAGGUGUCAAGCUUCUGGACAAAACACUAAAAAUAAUUGUAAAUGUCUGUUUUAACUGUGGCAAUUUUUGUACAAGUGCAUUUAGUGCUGUUGCAUACAAGUCAUUGAUGAUGCUUAAUUUUUUUUUUUCUUUUGUUUAACGACUUUUUACUUUGCAUUCAUGAAUGUGGCUAGCCACUAAUCCAUUUGUAUGCACAUCAUUUACUGUGUGUCUUUGAGGGUGACUUGUUACUAGAGACUCUGUGCAUAAAAAAGGUGCUGGGCACUAGUUCAGUGGCUAAUUCGCACUAGCCUGGUAAAUGUUUAUUUUUAAAGCAAAUUGAAAUGGAAAUCCUGGUAAGAUAGGAGUUGUUGACUUAAACUGUUUCAGGCUAUUGGUCUGUUUACAAUAAAUCCAACUCUGCAAAUACAGAAGACUACCACUUUGAA